AUGUUCAAAAAUGAUAGAAUUGCUACUACAAGAGGAAAAACGCUCAUGUUUAUUCUCGCCCUAGUAUUUAGUAUGACAAUUUUAUUUUCUCUAGUGUCGGCACAGUUUGAUUCUGUCAAGUCCUUUCGAGGUUCCAUAACAAUAGGUAGUACUGAUGACUGUAUGAUUUCAGUCAGCGAAAAUAUUACACUAGUAUCAUCAUCGUAUGGAGUUACAAGUUUCGAAAGAAAAAUUCCAACAACAGACCUUCCUCUUAAAUAUGUGUGGGUUCAUACAGUUAAGGCAACAAUUGUGGGAACUCCUCCAACAGGAUUUAAAAUUUCCGAUUUGAAAGUCUUCAAGAUAGAUGUUACAAGUACUGCAACAGCUCAAGUAAUUGCAGUCAGUUUCUCAGCAUUGGAUAGUUUACCAAAGAGUACCGUAUUGAAUAUUGUUCUUUCUUACAAGAUGCUUGGUACCAUUGGAUUUAUUUCAAAUACUACAGAUACAACAAUGACCACUGUAAAUUAUCCUCUCCAAUUUUCAAUUCCAGUUGAAUCUGUUUUCCUUUCUUUUACUCAUGCUGAUGGCUUGUCAAGUGUGCCUAUUGAACCAUACAUUGCUUCCAGCAAGAAGACAUUCCCAAGCUCCCAUUUUACUCUCCCAGCCAAUCAAACAGUCGAGUUCAAUACCACUCUUGUUGCUGAUGAAUUGCUGAAAGCUGGUUUCAAUUUCCAAGCUUCAAGUUAUACCAUGUGUUACAUUCCAUAUAAUUUAAUGGAGAGUUGGUUGAUUGGUACUAUCAUUGGUGCUUCUUUUGCAAUUCCAGUAAUUUUCUUUACUAUUUGUAUUAUUGUCACCAUCAUUAGGUUCUUUACAGUUGACAGGAAGAAAGAAGCUCCAUUACUAGAGGCUCACAGGGUGUAA